AUGGCUCUGGCUCCUCACCCAAAGAUUGUCAAGAAGCACGGCAACAAGAAGUUUAAGCGUCACCACUCUGACCGCUACGCCCGUGUUGGCGAGUCGUGGCGCAAGCCCAAGGGUAUUGACUCUGCCGUCCGUCGUCGUUUCCGUGGCACUGUCCGCAUGCCCAAGAUUGGUUACGGCUCUGACAAGAGAACCAAGUACCUUGCUCCCUCUGGCCUCAAGUCGGUUGUUGUUUCUAACGCUGCCGAGCUCGACACUCUUAUUCUCUCCAACAAGUACUUUGCUGCUGAGAUUGCACACUCCGUCUCGUCGAGAAAGCGCGCUGAGAUUGUGGAGAAGGCUAAGACUCUUUCUAUCCACGUCACCAAUGCCUCUGCUCGUCUCUCUUCCCAGGCUUAA